UGGUCGAGUAUAUUGUUGACGGAAUACCAGACCGUCACUUGCGAGAGAUGGCUUGUAUGCAGCGUUUUGGGUCUAAGGAUGACGUGUUGGCAGCAUUUGUCAACAUAGUGCUGCAGCGGGAAAAACCUGUAUCUCUGCCAAAUGUUUCCGCAAAGAAGAAGCCCACAUUCAGGUGCUUCAACUGUAACUGCCUGGGUCACCUAGCAGCCGACUGUAACAAACCAAUAAGAGCAACUGGUGCUUGCUUUGGAUGUGGUGAAAUGGGUCACCGAGUGGCAGAUUGCAGUCAAAAUAAGAAGAAGCCCGCAGCAAUAUCAGAUGCCUCAUAGACUCGGGAAGCGCAGUUAGCUUAAUUAAAAAGGAGUUCGUUUCAGAUGAAAUUAAAUUGGAACCCGGUCCUGAACAUACAUAUUUUGGUUUAAAUAAAAGUAAACUUGAAGUCUUUGGAAGUAUUUUAUGUUACGUUGAAAUAUUAAAUAAAAAUGUUUA